AUGUUCAUUGUAUAUUCUUUAAUAUGGAGGUGGGUAGCCGAAGGAUAUGCCCAUGAGGAACCAGGAAAAGGAUUAUUUGAGGUUGGAGAGAGAUACUUCAACAUGCUCAUAGAUAGAAGCAUGAUCCUGGCAGUGGAGGAGCCAUAUCACAACAUCAUAUAUGCUUGUCGUGUGCAUGAUUUGGUACUUGAUAUGAUUCAUUUUCUAUCAGAAGACAAAAGUUUUGUUACUGCAUCAAACAGUAACAGGACAUUUCCGCGUACCACUACUCGUAGGUUAGCCAUAAAUAAUGAAGUCAUAGAGCAGGAUGGAUCUGUGGCUAACUCGAGCAUGCAGCAAGUGAGGUCAUAUAAUGCCAUCAUGUGUCAUUUUCGUGUGUUGCCAUUGCUUUCAAACUUUAAAGCUCUACGUGUGUUGGCCUUAGAAGAGUGCACUUUCAUGGGAAGUAAGCAAUUCUCUAUGAAGCCGGAAGAUUAUCCUUAUCAUCUUAAGCAUCUUGGGAGGCUGAUUCACCUGAGGUACCUUGGGAUAUCGUACCAGCUUGAGAGCUUAGAGGUCCCUGAUGAAAUUGGGGACCUAAGGUUUUUGCAGGUACUGGAGUUGGGCAGAAGUGGCAUAAAAAAACUGCCUCAAAGUGUUGGUCGGCUAACACAACUGAAGUGCCUGCACUUUGGUGGUUCUAGCAUGGGGGUGUUGGACUGGACGAAUCUAACAUCUCUGGAAGCGCUACAGUUGCACCAUGUCUCUCCAGAUUUUCUGAAAGGGCUGGGCACGCUGAAGGAGCUGAGAGAGCUGAACUUACACUUUGGAGAGCACAACAAUAUGUUGUUCAAAGAUUUGAUGGGGCGUCUUGUCAAUCUGCAAAAACUUCAAGUCAUAGUGGUUAUUUGCUGGUAUCAAGAGGAUCCUGAGCCAUGGUCUGAUUACGCUGGCUCUGUGGCCCUUGGGCACCUCCGUCAUCUGACAGUGUGUGGCCUGCUUCCUGGCUUGCCAGUGUGGAUUAACUCCUCAUGCCUCCCGAACCUCUGCCACUUGUCUAUGCAACUGAAGGCUAUGGAAUCACAGGAUAUGGAGAUCCUCGGGAGGUUCUCAGAGCUCAUUACUCUAUGCAUUCAUUGCAAGGAUGGCGUUGUUUUUCCUCACACCAUGGAGGGUGCAUUCCCCAAGUUGAGACACUUAGGACUGAGAAAUUCUAACCAACCUAGAUUUGUACGGGGAGUAAUGUCCAGCCUUGAGUGUUUUGAGUUCACUGGCCUGGUACGGGCCAAUGGCUUGGACUUUCAUAGCCUGGCGAUCCGUUCCCAUCUUCCUAGUCUUGAGGAAGUUGAUGCUGAAUUCGAAGGAAAAACUGGCAUGGAUAGCGACGUGCGGCAGGCAACGCUCCGCCACUGGCGGCAGGCACGUGCGUCGUUGAAGCAUGCAGUUGAGAUCCAUCCCAACCAUCCCGCACUCACUAGUCGCGGCAGGCAAAUGGAUGAUUGA